AUGAAGGCGGAAAAUGCAGCUGUGAUGGUCGGUGAGAUUGGUUCCUAUUGUCCAAAGGUUCGUGAAUCCCCAAAUGGGAUGUUGUACAACCCCUCAGUUGCACUGCACAAAUUGGGAUACCGAAUUUCCAUCGAAAGCAAUGAACUUAGUGCCUGUUUACUAGAGGACUUGCUGUUGUAUUAA